AUGAAGAACUGCAAAUUUUCACUAAAGCUAGUGUUGUGCAUUUCAUUCUUUUGCUUCUUUCUGUCCACCCAAGCCAGACGGCAUAACCAUAAACACAAGCACACCCACCCUGACAAGCCAUCCUACAUUUCACAGCCUCCUUCCCCUCCACCUGAUUCUGCUAGCCCUCCUGAAGGUGCUACCAAUCCUAAUAAUAGCUCCUCUGGUGUUUUCGAUGUGCGGUCGUUUGGUGCUGUUGGGGAUGGCCAAACAGAUGACACUGAGGCAUUUAAGAUGGCUUGGGACACAGCUUGCCAAAGUGAAUCUGCAACAAGGAUCCUUGUUCCCCGAGGUUUCUCAUUCAUGAUUCAAUCUACAAUAUUCACUGGUCCCUGCCUUGGGGGCCUGGUGUUACAGGUUGAUGGAACUCUAGUGCCACCUGAUGGACCAGAGUCUUGGCCAAAGAACGCCAGCAGGCAUCAAUGGCUUGUCUUUUACAGAAUCAACCAGAUGUCGUUGCAAGGGGGUGGUGUAAUUGAUGGGAAAGGAGAGAAAUGGUGGAAUCUUCCCUGCAAACCCCACAGGGGGAUCAAUGGAACCACAUUGCCUGGACCAUGUGACAGCCCAGUUGCCAUUAGGAAUGUCCAUAUAGAAUCGAUUUCUAUAUCUGCCCCUGCUCGAAGUCCGAAUACAGAUGGGAUUCACAUAGAGAACACAAAUGAUGUCCAAAUUUAUAACUCAGUAAUUUCAAAUGGUGACGAUUGUGUAUCAAUUGGGUCAGGCUGUUAUGAUGUAGACAUACGGAACAUCACUUGUGGACCUGGUCAUGGAAUCAGCAUUGGGAGUCUAGGAAAUCACAACUCGCGAGCAUGCGUCUCUAACAUUACAGUUCGCGACUCAAUAAUCAAAGGGACGGAUAAUGGAGUUAGGAUCAAGACAUGGCAGGGUGGAUCCGGAUCAGUAUCGGGAGUAACAUUCAGUAACAUUCACAUGGAUAAUGUUAGGAACCCGAUUAUGAUCAACCAAUUCUACUGCCUUAACAAGGGGUGCACCAACCAAACUUCAGCAGUCUUUGUAUCAGACAUACUCUAUUCAAACAUAAAGGGAACCUACGAUGUUCGGAGUUCGCCGAUGCAUUUUGCUUGCAGUGAUGCUCUCCCAUGCACUAACUUGACACUCUCAGAAAUCGAGCUUCUUCCUGCUGUAGGAGACAUAGUAUUGGACCCGUAUUGUUGGAAUGCUUAUGGAGAACUGCAGACACUAACAAUUCCACCAGUCUCUUGCUUGUUGGAGGGUGUUCCUCGAUCCCUACUGGUCAAUGACAUUGAGCAUUGCUGA